CGUCCUGAUGCACGGGGGGGGGGGGGCUGUCCACAGUAAAAAAAAAUAAAUGAAUGCAGCUGUUAUUGAGCGUGUCAUAUUAACCCGUGGGGUCUGUCCUGAGUGGGCUGUCCGCUGUUAAAUGUCUCGUGCGUGUUUUGCACGGGGGCAGCUAGCCUGUGGUGAAGCAGCAGAGUAAUGGCGCUCACCUAGAAACACAAACAGCGAGUUUCUAUCCGGGCGGGCGGGACUAAAGGCGUUCUGAGCCAGCUCCAGGCUUUAGAGGACGAUGGCUCCGAAUAAACGCGCGCAGAAGAAAACGCUCAAGGUGGGGUGUGAGUGGGCUUCGUGUGGGGAGUCGUUCAGCCAGAUGGAGAACUUCUGUCAGCACGCCGAAGCUCACCUCCCCGACGAAGCGGAGGAAGCAGGCGGCGGGUUCAGCUCAGGGGAGAGGAACUGUCUGUGGAGAGACUGCGGCUUCUGCUCCGUGGACGGCCCCGAGGAGCUGCGACGCCACCUCCUCUUCCACUGUUACCACACCAAGCUGAAGCAGCUGGGCCAGCAGGUGCUGGACGCCCAGCCGGACCUGGGUGGCUGCUCCAUCGCCUACCACAACCGCAACAUCCUGCCAGACAUCCCGGACAAUUUCGUCUGUCUUUGGGACGACUGUGAGCAAGCUCCGUAUGAAAACCCGGAGUGGUUCUACCGGCACGUCGAGAUGCACACCCUGUCCGUCGAGAUACCCACCGGCGAGUGGGAGUUCCCCGUACGCUGUGGAUGGAAAGAUUGCGAGGCCACCGCUAAAGGGCGGCCCAAGCUGCGGGAGCACCUCCGCAGCCACACGCAGGAGAAGGUGGUGGCGUGUCCGGGCUGCGGGGGGAUGUACGCCAACAACACCAAGUUCUUCGACCACAUCAUCCGACAGAACGCCGCGGAAGGCCAGAGGUUCCAGUGUUCUCACUGCUCCAAGCGUUUUGCCACGGAACGCCUCCUCAGAGACCACAUGAGGACCCACGUGAGCCACUACAAGUGCCCUCUGUGCGACAUGACGUGCCCCUCGCCCUCGUCGCUGCGCAGCCACAUCAAGUUCCGCCACAGCAACGAGAAGCCGUACAGCUGCGAGUACUGCGAGUACAGCUGCAAGAAUCUGGUGGACCUGCGGAAACACCUGGCCACGCACAGCAGCGACCCGGCGUUCCGCUGCGACGUCCCCGGGUGCGGCUUCACGUCCCGUACGCCCGGCACCAUGAAGAGCCACCACCAGAAGGAGCACGAGGGCACUUUUGCGGCUCGCUACAAGUGUCACGUGUGCGGCCAGUGUUUCACCAGAGGCAACAGCCUGACUGUGCAUCUCCACAAGAAGCAUCAGUUCAAAUGGCCGUCAGGACACCCCAGGUUCAGGUACAAAGAACACGAGGACGGCUUCAUGCGGCUGCAGCUGAUUCGCUACGAAAGCGUGGAGCUGACGGAGCAGCUGAUGAGAGAGAAGCAGAGGAGGCCGGCGGAGGAGGAGGAGGACGAAGACGAGGAUGAUGACGGCGGGCUCGCUGAGGGCCAGGAGCUGGAGGAGGACCCCGCAGCGGCGGCGGCGGCCGAUGCACAGGUGCAGCUCAGAGGAGUCCUGCUGGAGGAGCAGAGGGCCGAAGAGGCCGAGCAAGUAGAUGGCAUGCUGUACGUCCUCGCCGGAGGGGAGGACUCUGUCAUACUGCAGCUCCAGGGCGCCGCGCAGCAACAAGGCGUGCAGGGGGACUGACCCGACGCAGAGCUAAGCGGCGGCGCCGUCUUUCCUUUACUUUGAAAGCGCGUAAAUGGACUCGACUCAUAAUAACGUCUGAUGUUAAUUACUGGCUCUACAGCUAAAACCAUACAAGCCUUAUUAUGUGACGCAGUUGUUGUGGAAGAUCAUGUUUACCGGCGUUUAAAGCCAUUUUUAUUUAUUCUGUGGGACUUUGAUGCUCUGACACAUCUGCUGCCACUUUUACAGCGGCAUCCCUUAAAAACAUAAACUUGGUAUUGGCCAAAAUGUUUGAUGUUUGACUUGUUCCUCAGCUUGAAUAGAGAUUUAAAACAGUUUUCCUAAAUAAAAACAAUCGCUGCCAUGAAA